AUGUCCGAACGAAAGCUCAUAUUGGUGAUUGGAGGCACAGGAGCCCAGGGAAUCCCCGUCGUCGAAGCCCUCUCCGCCUCCCCAAACUACUCCGCCAUAGUCCUAACCCGCAACCUAACCUCCACCCGCGCCCAAACCCUCGCCUCCCUCCCCAAUGUAACCCUCCUCCAAGGAACCCAAGACUCGCUCCCCUCCCUCCACGCCGCCUUCGCCCACAAACCCCACGGCGCCUGGGUCAACCUCGACGGCUUCACUUUGGGCGAGAAAAACGAGCUCUUCUACGGCAUCCGCGCCUACGAGAUCGCGCGGCAUCAUGGCGUCAAGCACUACAUCUGGGCGAACACGGACUAUGCGUUGCGGAUUGCCGGGUGGGAUGAACGGUAUCAUUGGGGGCAUAAUGAUGCGAAGGGGAGGAUUGGGGAUUUGAUUCUGGCGCAUGGGCGGGGGGAGAGGGAGGGGGGUUUGCUUGGGGGGAUGGCGGUGAGUUUGCUGACGACGGGGCCGUAUAUGGAUAUGUUGUUUGAUGGCAUGUAUCUGCCCCAGGAGAAGGAGGAUGGGAGUUUUGUGUGGAGGAAUCCGGCGGCGAACGGCAAAAUCCCCCUCAUCGCCCUCGCCGACGUCGGCAAAUACUCCCUCUGGAUCCUCAACAACCCCCUACAAUCCACCAACCUCAACCUCGCCGUCGCCACCGAACAAGUCUCCUUCCCAGACAUCGCCGCCACUUUCACGCGGGUCACGGGAAUCCCCGCGACCCACGAACCGAUGCCCCUCGAGGAAUACCUCCCCCUCGCGGAACCCUACCCGCACGCCUACGCCAACUGGGCACUGGGGCCCGACACCCCCCGGGACAAGAGCGUCAUGACGUGGCGGGAGAAUUUCUCGGCGUGGUGGAGGUUUUGGGGCGAGGGGAAGGGGGCGACGAGGGAUAUGGGGUUUUUGGAUGGGGUUUUGCCCGAGAGGGUGAGGAGUUUGGAGGAGUGGAUGAGGUUGGUGCGGUAUGAUGGGCGGCCGAGGGCGGUGUUGAAGGGGUUGGAGGAUAUGAGGGGUGGGAAGGGGACGAGGACGGGGGAGGGGAAUAAGGUAGUGUAG